AUGACGGCGUCUCCGGCGGAAUCUUCUUGUCUAAUCUCCAAACUCGAAUCUUCCUCCAUUUCCACACCAAUCUAUUCUCCUUUCUCCGAUUACCUUCACCCAUUCACCGAUCUCACCAAAAAAUCCCUAAACGAAAACCAAACCCUAACGCUAACCCGAUCGCUCGCCAAGAAUUUCCUUCCUUUCGUCAACCGCUGCCUUUCCAUUUUACCAAAACGCCUCUCCGAUCUCAUCAAUUCAUCUUCCGUCAAGGAAGAACAAGAAGAUGGAAAAGUCCCCAAACUCGUCAUCGAAUUGUUCGAUACUUACAGGCUAUGUUUGGAUUGCUUGGAAUUGGUGUCUUCGCAGUUGGCUGGUAAGCCCUACGCUGUGUAUAGACAGAGGUUGAGGUUGGUCUGUUGCUUGGAGGCUUGGGGGUUGUACAGGGAUGGUGAAAAUGAAGGGUUUCGGGUUCUGGAGAGGCUUAGGGCUUUGGAUUUGGGACCAAAGCCAAAAAAUAACAAGAAGAAGAAAUUAGGAAAGUAUUUGCCUGUUCUGCUUGAGAAUGGGGACUUGGAUUUUGCUAAGAUGGUAGUGGAGGCUGUGGUGGCUAUUAUGAAGUGCGUGGCGUUAGGGAAGAGUAAGAAUGAUGACCAUUAUAAGAGGGUUAUUGGGAUGAUACAGGAGGUUAAACCCUGGUUCAGAUCGAAUAUAGAGUUUGGGAUUGUUCCUUAUUUUAAUCUUGGAAUUUGUGAGUUGUGGUUUUCUGAAGCAAAUUGUAUUGAUUCUGAUCUAAAAACUCGUAUUGUUCUUCCAAAAUGCUACCCAAACCAUCAAACAGAUAGGGUGUUAGAUGCUGAUGCAUAUGACAAGUUACAUAGGAUGCUUGUGACCUACCUACGUAAGUGCACUCAAUUUCUGGUUGGGGAGCUAAUGAAUUUUGAUGGAGGUAUAGUGCGUACUUUUUGUACAACAACUUUGGAUGAGUAUGCGGAGUCGUCUAUGAAAGAUCAGAUUUACAAGUUUGCUCGUCAUAUCUGUUCUCUUUUCUUCCUUCAAGGUGAUAGAUCUUCAGUCAAAAUUGACGUACUGAUGCUCAGCUUGUCAAGCAUCUGUCUGUACCAAGGUCUGCUUGUUAAGCUUGAUGGCUUAGUUCAAGGAGAAGCUCAAGCUUUAGAUCAGAUUCCAGCUCAAGUUGCUCAAGAUUGGAUUGAAAUUUACUCUGAACAAGCUGAAAUGAAAAUUUGGGGAAUAGAAUUCAUUGAACUUGUCGCUUAUUGUGCCAAUAAAUGUCAAGCUGCAACCACAACACUUUGUAUUACUUUUGCAGAAUGCCUAGAUGACUUAGCUGGUGUUUUGUGUCAGGUUAUGACACCGCUGGAAAUGAUUAUCAAGCUUUAUGCCAUUGGAUUGUCCUUCGUUGAUCACAUUGCUAAGUCUGUGGCUGGUGAUGUUAUGCCAUCCAAAGGUGCAAAAGAUGAACAUGCAGUUGGUAUUCUUGAUGGAGUUACACUUUGCAAUUUAGCACCUGUGCUUGGUUCUUUGCGAAGCUACUUUUAUGAUGGUUGCAAAGAGAACUGUGUGUCAUGUGGUAUUGAAUUCCAAGAUUUUGCUUGCGACAUAACUUUAGAUUCUCACCAUGGGACCUCUUUAAAUUGCACACAGAAUAGUAAAGAGGUUUAUCUACUGGCUUACUUAAAUGUACUGAAGUUCCUCUGUAAGCCGCUUUCUGAACUGGUGAUCUCUCAGAACAAACAGAUAAUUUUUGAAAGUGAUGCUUCUUCUCUUUCUUCGAUGCUGUGUAGUAUCCAAGAAGCAUUUCAUCAGUUCAGUGACAUUGUUUUAUACUUUCACAGAAGCACAGCUGAAAGUGAGGCAGCUGGUUUUGAUGAGAACAAGAUGAUUCUUAGUGUAUCUGUGGCUACUUUCAUUCUAUCCAUCAGAACAAAGCACGGGUUGCAGGACAUGCUGUUGUUUUCUCAAACUUCAAUUUUGCUGAUGGGUUUGCCCUUUCUUAUUACAGAAGAGUAUGCAUCUGAUAAAGCAGAUCAUUGCGAAGCAUCGUGGAAAUGUGUCAAACUUCUUUGUGAGAUGUAUAUGCAAAAGGCUGAUGGGUUUGUUGGUGAUCUUUCAGAAGAUGCUAUUCUGGAUUUUGUCACUGAGGCAUGUAACCAAACAGUUUUUCUUUUGGAUGUUCUCCACAAAUCUGGCAGUCUCAGGGUGGAAAAGAUAAUUGUAAACAGUCUUGAAAAUUGGUCUGUUGCUGAAAAUUUGUUUAGAAGGCUGUCGGUUCCUGUGCCUUUGGUGAAACAAUGGGUGAAGUUUAAUUUCCAGAUACGAUGUGAGAUUAAUAAGAAUACGGCCAUGGAUGAUAAUGCUCCAACCUUGCACUGCUUGCUAUCAUUGUCUAUGACAAUGUCAAAGAGGACAAUUGGCAAAAUUUUACAGCAGGAGCUUCUUGCUUAUGAAGAAAUGCAUGCUAUGUAUCCAGAAUUUUGUCAGAGAAUGCAAAUGGGAGUCAUAGAUGUCCUCUUGAAAGAUGUGUAUGUCACAGAUAGUCAUUUGCAGAAAUCAAGAGUUUUGGUCAGGAAAGGAUGGGCAUUAAGGUCCUGUGGCUUUGAAGGUUUGGGGGACUGUAUUCAAUGCUUGUCAGAAGCAAUCUCUGUGCUUCAAGUUUUUGGAGAUAUCCAAGCUGCCUUAGAUCUAUGGUUGAGUAUUCCAAUCCUAGAUUAUGGCUUUGCAUACGAUGAGGGCAGCAUGUUGCCUGACAGUGCACUUUUAUUGCUCUAUAAUAUAGUUGAUUUGUUAGCAAUGAAGGGUUCUAUGGAAUUUCACAAUGACAUAUAUAAGCUGAUGAUUAGAUUGUUUAAAUGGAAGGACAUACAACUGCAUACCUGCUUAUCCAUUUUGUGGGAGAGUAAAAGGCUUACUCAUGCUCUUUGUGUUUCACCUGUAAAUGAGGCUUUCAUAAUGAACCUACCAAGUUUUUCUGGAGAACAAUUCAGGUCUUUCGAUUCUUGGAUUCAUUGUCUAAAGGGGUCCCCACCUUCAUUAGUUGGGUUCCAGCAUAACUUUUCUUAUCUAUGUACAAACUUUCCCUGUGGCUCUGAAAAUCACAAAACUUCUUUUCAAUCUGAUGUCACUGUUGAUGUUGUUAAAGAAGCAGCCUUUGAAGUCAUUUCAAGUGUUCCUGUCACAAGUAAUUCUUUUUUCAUUGCUGGAUGUCUUUACUACGAUUUGUGUGAAAGACUUAUUGCAAAUGGACGUUUGUUUGAGUUGUAUAUAGACAUUGGCAACAUUGACAAAGAAGGGCAUCAGAGGCACAAGAGAAGUAUGCUUGAUGUUGCAACCGCGAAGGCACUUUCAUAUGCUAAAGAAGCCCACCGGUUGCGUACUAAACUCUUUAAAGAGACUUUUAUGUACACAGUUGAGAAGAAAGCAGAAAAGCUUACAUAUGGUAAACUAUACUGCAAGAAGGGGUCUUGGGAUCUGUCAGAAAAGGAACUUCAAAAUGCCAAGCACAUUUUGGUACAUAACUGUGCAGAUUUUUCUUGCUUAAAGUGUGGAUUGAUGCUUGAAGCCACAAUUGAUCAACAACUUGGUGAUUUAUCCCUUAGUCUCUUUAAUACAACCAGGAGUGUCUCGAUAGAGAGACUAUCUCUUGCUGAAAAUUUUUAUAGAUCAGCCCUAGACAGACUAAAUUAUCGUGAAUGGAAAAACUCUGUUAGCUGUCCUGAAGACGUGGGAGAAAUUGAGGGAGCUUCUGUUUGUUUCACUACAGGUCAGCUGAGGCCUAAAAUGAAAAUGGAAAGUCAAAAGUAUAGAAAGACUAAGAAGGCAAUGAAAUCUUUACUAAAGGAGCAGUCUUCUGUAACUGAGAACCAUACUAGACUAACUCGUUCCAGAUAUCGUUCUUCUCAGAAUCAGAAUGUAGACAGUUCUGCUGAGGUACAAGUUGGCCUUCUAAAUCAAUUGAAAGGUAACAGAACGCAUGAUAUAGGUAUUCCUAAUGGUCAGAGGCAGUGGCUCUCUGGAACAAAAGGUUGCAUGGUUGAUUUGGGGUGUGAAAUCACUUGCAUUUGCAAUGGAAAGAAGUGUUGGUUUUGUCUUGCCAGGGAAGUUAAGGAAUCUGGAUUGUUGAGCAAUUUCAUAUGUCUGAAAUGGGAGUUUGUUCGCAGGCGACUAUCAGUAAGGCUACUAUCUGGCAUAGGAAAAUGCCUGGAAGUUCAUGGCAGAUUUCAUGAAGCGCAUGAAAUUAUUUCACAAAGUAUUUCUGUCCUAGUCAGCCGAAACCCAUUCGCCCAUGCUUGUAUUCCAUUCACUUUCUUGCUUGAUCUAGUUGGGAAAGAGUUGUCAGGGGAUGUAUUCAGUGUUGAGCGUGCAGCAGUACUUUACAACAUAUGUUGGUUCUCUCUGAAGAGUUACUCCUCUAAGGAUAACAGGACCGUCUGCUGUGAUCUAUUCCAUGUUCAAAUACCAAAAAUAGUGUCUUGGUUGAUGCUAGCCUAUGUACUCUGCCGUGAGGUUCCAGCCCUUCUUCAGAAGUAUUGUCUCUAUACAUAUCUUGCCAUUUUAAAUGCUUUAUGUCUUGUAAUGACUGGGGAAUAUAUGGAUGCUCUGAGCCAGAUAAAUCCUUUCUCUGUGGUUUUAGACCUUGGAUUUGGAUUAAGACAUGGGGUUUCAUUUUGCAAUCGGAUUGCUUUGACUCUAGGAUUUGCAAUGGUUUUAACUCGCAUUCAUUUGGUCAUUGCAAUUGGCUCCUGUGUGACUGCUUCAGCUUGUGAAGGAGCAGAAAUAUGCAACUUUCCGAGGCUUGCGCCUGAGUCUCUUCAAGAUUUGGAACAAUUUGUGAUAGACUUUUAUUCGGACCUUCCUUGCACGACAUGCAUGGAUGCUGUUGUCACGCUUGAACUUCAGGAGUCAACCUAUUAUGAUGCUUCUGCCUAUGAUGAUUGUGCAAUGUCUGGCACUGGAGAGUUUGUUGUGAGCAACAACUUGGGUAAACACUGGCAUUGUCCCUGGGGUUCGACUGUGGUUGAUGAUGUGGCUCCAGCAUUUAGAUUUAUAUUGGAGGAGAAUUACUUGUCUUCAUCGGAAUUUCCUCUGGAAGAUACAAAAGAGAAUAGAACUUUAUGGUGGACGAAGAGGAAAAAGCUUGAUAAUCGACUUGGCAAAUUACUGAGGAAAAUAGAAGAUUCAUGGCUAGGCCUCUGGAGGUAUGUGCUUUUAGGAGAUUGGUUCAACUGCUCACACCUGGACUCUGUAAUGAAGAAGCUGGUGCAUGAUUUGAAAUCCAAAUGCAAAAUCAAUACAAAUGAAAGCUUUCUUAAGGUUAUUCUUCAAGGUGGAAGACAUGCUUUAGAUGAAGAAGCUUGUAUUUCACUGUUACUAUCCCUCAAAAAGGGUUGCUUCAUUGCCCAAGCGGGAUAUUCAGAAGAGGAAAGGUGUGAGACAUUCUCUAAAGAAUCUGAACGAGUUAAGAGACUGGCUGGCCUUGCUGUCCAAUUGCUGCAUGAGGCUGUGAAUGAGCUUGAAGAGGAAGAAUCCAUAAUUAGAGAACCAGUAAUCUUGGUGCUGGAUUGUGAGGUGCAGAUGCUUCCAUGGGAGAAUAUACCAAUACUAAGAAACCAGGAGGUUUAUCGAAUGCCUUCUGUUGGCAGCAUCUGCUUCGCAAUUGAUAGAAGCUGCUGCCAACAGGAGCAAGUUGGGAAGAUUACUGGUGCCUUCCCUUUGAUAGAUCCCUUGGAUGCAUUUUAUUUGCUGAACCCUGGUGGUGAUCUCAGCAGCACACAAGUUGAGUUUGAGAACUGGUUUAGAGAUCAAAAUUUGGAGGGGAAGGCUGGAUCUGCUCCUACUUCUGAAGAAUUGUCAUCUGCCUUGAAAAAUCAUGACCUCUUUAUAUAUUUUGGCCAUGGAAGUGGGGCACAAUACAUUUCCCAGCAAGAGAUUCAAAAACUGGAAAAUUGUGCAGCUACUCUUCUAAUGGGAUGCAGUAGUGGUUGUUUAUCGUUAAAUGGGUGUUAUGCCCCAAAAGGUACUGCACUAUCUUAUCUACUGGCUGGUUCUCCUGUCACUGUAGCAAAUCUGUGGGAAGUGACAGACAAAGAUAUUGAUAGAUUUGGGAAGGCCAUGCUUGAUGCAUGGUUAAAAGAAAGGUCUAGUGUUUCCUUGGGAUGUGAUCAAUGCAAUUUAGUUGCAAAAGAAUUUGAAGCAAUGAACAUAAAGGGUGGUAAACGUAAUGCAAAGAAGAAAGCUCCUGGAACAUGUUAUGGUGGUUCUGCAAUGAAUUCUUGUGAACAUAGACCAAAGAUUGGAGCAUUCAUGGGUCAGGCUCGUGAAGCUUGCACCCUCACUUACCUUAUUGGCGCAUCGCCGGUAUGUUAUGGCAUCCCCACAGGUAUAAGGAGAAAGAAGGAUUUAUAG